CGAUCGUUGAAUGGGAUUGUGAUUGUGCUUGCUAGAUUGAAGUAGUUGAAGAGUCGCCUUUCAAUUUGGCUUAUCGGCUGUAUAGGUCCUCUUCUUUCAGGUUAGUUUUCCUUCUCUUGGUGAGCACAUAAGAUAAUUACACUGGAAGUAAGUGAAAAUUAUGAAUCCUUCGAACGGAGCUGUCAAAGCCGUGGGAAGAGGGCGAGGUCCUUGGCGCCCUGAUCAGGAAGUUCAUGAGCUCCGUCGUCCGCAAAUGCCUUCGGUUCAGUCCGAGUCAUCGAGUUCUAGCACAACGCUCAAAGAUGAGACAUUAGAUCCAUUGGCUGUUGCCUUUCAAUCUAAAUUGUCUGUCAAUGCCAAAGAGUUUGUCCCAAAGGGUUUUACGUGUACUUUACCUGCCAACACUCAGGCACUCUCUCCUUAUGAAAGCGAGAAAGAUGAACAACAAUCUGUUUAUGAAGAGGACUCUGAUGUAUCUUUUGAGGAGUGGCUUUAUCAAUAUGUGACUGAUGUAAUAAGAAAUAUAACACUUAAUCCUGGUCAAUUUGACCCUUUGUCAAGGGCGUUGAUGGAUGAACUAAGACCUAUAUUUGGUGAAGAAGAGGCGGUUGAAAGUAUUGUUUCACUAAUCAUUGACCAGGCAAUUAAAGAGCCCAAUUUUAGGUACAGUGGUGCAAGGCUUUGCAAUUUAAUUAACAAGUACUCAUCAAGCAAGCAGAGUUCAAUGUUUCGAAGAAUUUUGUUAACAAAGUUAAAUGGAGAGCACGAAAAAAUUGAAGAUAACAUGGAAAACAAUCCGGAUAAAGUUUAUGGUUUCCUUUAUUUUUUGGGAGAGCUCUAUAUUCAACUUGAGCUUCAUAAAGGAGUUAGAAUAACUAUUUUAGGUGAUGGAUUAAUCUUAGCCUUGAAAAUUUUAAUUCAAAUCCCCCAAAUUGAAAAUAUUAAACAUAGCUGUGCCGUUCUGAAGUUGACUGGAUAUAUGCUUGAUUGUGAUCAACGAGAAGUGAUGAAUGAAUUGUUCGUUGAGUUUGAUAAAUUGCUCUUGGAUGAAAGAGCUGGAACACGUGCCAAAGAUAUUGUUAGUAAUCUUUUAAAGUUACGAAGCAAUAAUUGGGGUCAUGUUCCAAGUUCUGUGAUCCCUCCAAAGCAAUCAAGACAUGUAGAUGCUGAACCGACUUGGAAUGCUGACGGAAUAUAUUAUGGCCCUGACCACCUUGCUCUGACUGCCGAAGAAUAUAAAUUUUUGGAUGACAGUUGUGGCAAAGAAGAAACUGUCUCUUCUAGCGAUGAUGCAACUGUAUGGGAUCCAGAAGCGAAUGAAAAUGAAAAUGCAGAAAUCGCUGCUGCAUUUCAGGAGUUUGUUAAUCAAAAGCACAAGCCUUGAAAAUUUGAUUGGAAAGAAGGUGAAGUAAGACAUGUGCUCAACAAAUUAACUGAAUUACCAACAUCAGUUUUACACUUGUUAUAUAUUGUGAAAUCAAAUUGUUGGCUGUGAGAGUGUUAGGAACAUUACAUAGUUGUUUGAAAUCUAGCAUGCUAUUGAACUGGAAUUGUAAUUUUUUGUAUUUUUGUUUUAUUUGAGUAUGACAGAUUAUUGUUAAAGCAAUCAAAAAUAAUAUCCCUUUUAUGUAAGAAACAGAUUAGGUUUUUUGAGUUUAAAAAAUUUCUUUAUUUCUUCUGAACAGCAUUGUUUACAUCUUAAUUUUCUGUAUUGAUUCUUCAUUCAUCUGAAACCACCCUUGAAAGGAUGGCCUGACAAGUAGCGCGACCACCGGCUGGCCUGUCCGGUUGCCUUUUUUGUUUUUCGAGUGCCAAGGAAGUGUUUUCAAAUGUGCAAAUGUGUAGUUUGAACUCACUCUGUUAGGUGGAAAGACGCUAACCAAAUAUGGUAAACGUAUUGCGCUCGACAUGACAGACAGUAAGGCCACCUAACAAAGUUGAUUUUGUCAAUCUUCAAUUAAUAAAGCUACAUAAGAGAAGUGAUCAUAUGUAAUAAUUUAUGUAGGUGGGGGAAUUUAUGUAUUUACCUUAGUUAAGUUAUAUCGUAGUAGCAGCUGCAUCACGUUCAUGUUGUGGCCUUAGCUCGUAUGUAUCCAGACGUAGUAUAAAAUAAUUUUUUUAUGCUUAUUUUUUUUAUUUGUCUUUAGUGCUUGCUGUACAUUUAUUCUUUUAUGGUAUGAUAGAAAUUGAAAUAAAAUUAAUUUUAUAUGUAGAAA